AUGCCACAGUUUCCGGGAAAUUCAUCAGUCAAUCAUGGCUCUUCAUCUCAAAUCGACCAUUCUUUUGGCAUUGUUGGCGGCUACAGUAUCCGCCGAUUUUUCGGCAAGCUUCCGAAAUUUCAUCAAUGCCACCUUGGAGAAGCCAGAUUGACUGCAUUAGCUAGAACUGAUUUGGGAGCUGAUGGAAGUUAUGGAGGUGGAAAUCAUGAUGGAUUGAGCCAGACUAACAAACGUCCCAUCAUCCUGGUCCAUGGAAUCACCAAUACCGCCGGGACAUUCACCCCUCAGAGAAAUUAUUUCAAAUCGAAUGGAUGGACAGAUGAGACCGUAUACGCUACCACCUAUGGAGCAGGACCUGCUGUAAAUGUGAUCAAUGUGAAAAUGGAAUGUGGAUUCGUUCAACAAAUCAGAAAUAUGAUUGAAGCUGUGUAUCAAUUCACUGGCCAAAAAGUGGAUGUGAUUGGCUAUUCUUUGGGAUCUCCAAUUGCCAGAAAAGCGAUUAUGGGCGGGAUUUGUGUUGAUAAUGUAAAUGUUGACCUUGGUGGACCAUUGACGAAUAAAGUGGAGACUUAUGUUUCUGUUGCUGGUGCGAACCGCGGAUCUGGAACCUGUAUUCUCCCACUGUUCAACGCUUGCAACCUGAACAAUGGACUCUAUUGCUCAUCGUCAUUCUUGCAAAAUAUUAAUCCAUCUGCACCGGGCUCUCAACACUACGAAGGCAACUACGUCUUCUCUAUCUACGGACCCAGUGACGAUAAGGUCAAAUGGAGCAACAACUGUGGAACGCGCAACUCCCAAAUUCUUGGGGCUGAUGAUGAGAGAGAUAAUAUUCCCGGAAACCACGACACCAUCCUCACCAGCACCGUCGCAAUGCAGAAGACUCUUCUGGACACUCACGCCUUCUAA